AUGGAGUCCCCGCUGGAUGCGCUCAACGACUAUGGAGGGGGACUGAAGUAUGAUGCACCUUACGCGCCCUUGGGGAGACCACGACGAGCUCCUGCGCCGGGUCGAGGGCGACGUUCUGCGGAUUUUCCAACGCGUUUCUGCACUCACGGGUCGCGACCCCUGGCAGGACCAGCGCUAAAUGUCCCCACCAACAGGCAAGGUUUAUCUGAUAGGGGCGGGGCCCGGGGAUCCGGGGCUGCUUACCGUGAAGGGCCGCGAUGCGUUGGAGCGGGCCGACGUCGUUGUCUACGACCGGCUGGCUCAUCCGUCGCUGCUGGACUAUGCGCCGCCCUCCGCCGAGCGCAUCUUCGCGGGCAAGGCCCGGGGCCAGCAGGAACUGACCCAGGACGGCAUCAACGACCUGCUGGUACAGAAAGCGCAGGCCGGGCAUCGCGUUGCGCGCCUCAAGGGUGGCGACCCCUUCGUCUUCGGGCGCGCGGCGAGGAGGCCCUCGCCCUGGCCCGCCACGGCAUCUCGUUCGAAAUCGUGCCCGGCGUAUCCUCGGCCAUCGCAGCUCCCGCCUACGCCGGAAUCCCCGUGACGCAUCGUGGCAUCGCCACCGGGUUCACCGUGGUCAGCGGCAGCGAGGACCCCUCCAAGCCCGAGUCGUCGGUGCACUGGGAGGAGUUGGCCCGCUCCCUGGCCGCCCACGGCGGCACUCUGAUGACACUGAUGGGCUGGGCCUCCAUCGAGAAAAUACUGGAAGCCCUGCAACGGGCCGGCCUGUCCGCCGACACGCCGGUGGCCCUAGUGCAGUGGGGCACCUGGAACAGGCAGAGGACUGUCACCGGCACGCUGGCCACUGCCGCCGCCAAGGGCCGAGAAGCGGAUCUGGCCGCUCCCGUCGUUGCAGUCAUCGGCGAGGUCGUUAGCCUGCGGGACGAGCUGGCAUGGUUCGACAACCGGCCGCUGUUCAGCAAGCGCGUUCUGGUCACCCGCUCCCGCACCCAGGCGUCCCGGAUGUGCGAUCUGCUUGAGGACGCCGGGGCCGUCGCAGUGGAGCUGCCAGCCAUCGCCAUCGCACCGCCGGAGGAUUUCGCCCUCCUGGACGAUGCGGUAAGCCGCCUGUCUUCCUGCGGCUGGGUGAUCUUCGCCAGCGUCAAUGCCGUCGACUCCGUGUUCGAGCGGCUAGACGCGCAGGGCCGAGACGCCCGAGCCUUCGGUGCCGCCCGCGUCGGUGCCAUCGGUCCGGCUACCGCAACCGCCUUGGAACGGCGCGGCAUCCACCCCGACUUCACGCCGUCGCGCUCGGUGUCGUCGGCAGCGCUGGAGGAACUGGCGGCUUUCGAAUGGAGCGGCGUAUCCGUCCUGCUGCCCGCUGCCGACAUCGGCCGCGACGAGCUGGCCGACGGCCUCUCCCGCCUCGGCGCCAAGGUCGAACGCAUUACCGCCUACCUCACCAUCACGCCGCCGGACGCCGCCCAACGGGCGCGAGACGCCUUCACCGAGGGCAUCGACAUUGUGACGUUCACCAGCUCAUCAACCGUCCGUAACCUGCUCUCCCUGCUGGAAGAGGAUGGUGGCCCCGGCAGAGAGGCUCUGUCAGAUAGCCUCAUCGCCUGCAUCGGCCCCGUCACGUCCGGCACCGCCCGCGAGCUCGGCCUGCGGGUGGACGUCGAGGCCGAGGAGCAUACCGUUGAGGGGCUGGCGGAGGCGCUGAUCAAGCACUUUUCAUCUUGA